AUGUGGCCUGCGGUCGAUAUAGAGGCUGGAAUCUCGGGUCUAAGCGAACCAUCUUUUGAAUCCCAAUUGGUCCUCUCGCCCAUCGUUCGGCUUGAUGGUCCAACCAUCAAUGAGACUUGUUUCCGUCUUGGGAUGCAUGUGGCCUGGCUGGCCCACCAUAUAACAUUUAACCAAGGAGGUUCCUCAGAAGUGCAGCUUACUUACCUAGUAUUUCUCUCUCUCCCCAACCUUCUUUCUCUUUUUUUUUUGUUUCUCCUCUCAUCCAAGGUCCUUUCUGAGCGCUGCGCGUUGCAAUUGAGGUGA